AUGCGUGAAAAAUUGACGGUAGAAACGGAUAGACACAUUGCAUAUUUGACAAUUUACAGCAGUUCAAAUGACGAAGACGAUCAAAUGGAAGAAGGAGGGAAUUGCAGCACAUUUGAUAGUGGGACUGGUGACAGUGCUAAAAACAACAGCAGCAAAAAAAUUCGUCGCGACAAAAAAUUAAAGGAAGAAAAAACAAAAAUUGGCGAUGAUGGCGGGAAAGGAGGAGGAAGAAUAAACGGAGAAGAAAAAGAAGAAGAUCAAAUUGAUGGCAAAAUAUUAACAAAAAAUGUUUUAUUAAAUGAAGAAUCGUCGUUAACUCAACAAAAAUACAAUUUAAUAGAAGAAACAUCAGGAUAUAUUUCUAUGCUUCAAAUACAAAAUAAUAAUUUUGAACCAAAACCUGGACCUAGUCAACAACAACAACAAAUAUUUGAAGAACCAAAAAAUCAUUUAUCUUCUCCAAUUUCAGCAAAAAAUAAACAAAAAUUGUCUAAAAAAGAAGAAAAUGUCGUUAAUAAUUUUUCAUCAAAAAAUUCUCCACUUCCUCCACUUCCAAAAAAUUUGACAGAAUUUUCUGAAAAAAUAGAUAAUCAACAUCAUCAUUUACCUUUUCUUAGAAGAAGAAAUUUUAAUAAUGGGAGCAAUGGAAGAGGAAAAGAAAAUAACAACAACAAUAAAUUACAACAUAAACCUUCACAAAUUGCUAAUCGGACUUCUGUAAAAAAUUUUUUUUAA